UUCGCCAACAGGUUGCAGGCUAAAGAAAAGAGCCGAUAAUGCGCGGCGCCACACCCUCCUCCUGCUGCCUGUAGAGGAAGCGGCUGUGCCAGCAUGUCCUCCCAUCCGCAGCCUUUGGCGCCGGGCCGCAGAACCAUGGACACGAGGCACCUGCCAAACCCCGCCGGCCUGCCCCUGCAGCUGCAGCGGGCACACCCGGAAGUGGGGCUGGUGGACUAUCACUCUCAUCAUGCCAGGGACUACAGCUCCCACCUGGCUCAACCCCAUCGCCGCAGGCCCUCCUUACUGUCAGAGUUCCAGCCCGGCAAUGAAAGGGGACAAGAGCAGCACAUCCGCUUUGAGCACAUCUACCUGCCGGAUCCCAGCAGCCAGUCGGACCUGGACUAUGCAGAGAUUAAGCGGCCUCGCUUGGAUCUGGGAUCAGAGUCUCUGGUGAGGCCCUCAUCCCACCGGCAGCAGCUGCCUCUGGGGGCCGAGGACAUGACAAAGGACCGUGGAGGUGCCAUGGGAAAGCUGGAGCCCAUCUCCCCGGUGAGCCCGGUUCACAUGGACCCUGACUUGGAUCUGGUUCCCGCUCGCUUCUCCAAGGAAGAGCUGAUCCAGAACAUGGACCGCGUGGACAGGGAAAUCGCCAUGGUGGAGCAGCAGAUCUGCAAGCUUCGCAAAAAGCAGCAACAGCUGGAGGAGGAGGCGGCAAAGCCCCAUGAGCCCGAGAGGCCCAUCUCCCCGCCGCCCAGUGAGGCCAAGCACCGCAGCCUGGUGCAGAUCAUCUACGAUGAGAACAGGAAAAAGGCUGAAGAGGCUCAUAGGAUUCUGGAAGGACUGGGACCCCGAGUAGAACUGCCUCUCUACAACCAACCUUCUGAUACCAAACAGUACCAUGAGAACAUCAAAAUAAACCAGGCGAUGAGGAAGAAGCUCAUCUUGUAUUUCAAAAGGAGAAAUCAUGCUCGAAAGCAGUGGGAGCAGAAGUUUUGCCAGCGCUACGACCAGCUGAUGGAGGCCUGGGAGAAGAAGGUGGAGCGCAUCGAGAACAACCCGCGGCGCCGAGCCAAGGAGAGCAAGGUGCGCGAGUACUACGAGAAGCAGUUCCCGGAGAUCCGCAAGCAGAGAGAGCUUCAGGAGCGAAUGCAGAGCCGCGUCGGCCAGCGGGGAGGAGGACUGGCCUCGUCUGCAGCCCGCAGCGAACACGAGGUGUCCGAAAUCAUAGACGGAAUAUCGGAGCACGAGAACACAGAAAAGCAGAUGCGGCAGCUGGCCGUCAUCCCUCCGAUGCUGUUUGACGCCGAGCAGCAACGCAUCAAGUUCAUCAACAUGAACGGCUUGAUGGAUGACCCCAUGAAGGUGUACAAGGACCGGCAAGUUAUGAACAUGUGGAGCGAGCAGGAGAAGGACACUUUCAGAGAGAAGUUCAUCCAGCAUCCCAAAAACUUUGGUCUGAUCGCAUCUUUUCUGGAGAGAAAGACGGUGGCAGAUUGCGUGCUCUUUUACUACCUGACCAAAAAGAACGAAAAUUACAAGAACAUAGUGCGAAGGAACUACAGACGCAGAGGAAGAAGCCAGCAUGGCCAGCAGCAGCAGCAGCAGCAGCAGCAAGUAAGCCGAAGCAGCCAGGAGGACAAGGAGAAGGAGGAGAAGGAGAAGGACGGGGAACGGGAGGAGGAGAAAAAUGAAGCCGAAGACAAGGAAGAUGGGAUGAAGGAUGAUACCUCUGGAGAAGAUGCAGAGGACAAAGAGCCCGCUGUAACCGUCAAGGGACGACGCACAGCCAAUAGCCAGGGCCGCCGCAAAGGGCGCAUUACCCGCUCUAUGACCAGUGAAGUGGAGGAGACCUCUGCGCCACCACUCAGCAAUGAGCUCGCCAAUCUGGAGAUGAGCGAGAGCUCUCGCUGGACAGAAGAAGAGAUGGAAACUGCCAAAAAGGGCCUUCUCCAGUAUGGUAGGAAUUGGUCCGCCAUCGCCAAAAUGGUGGGUUCAAAAACCGUGUCACAGUGCAAAAACUUCUACUUCAACUACAAGAAGAGGCAGAAACUGGAUGAGAUUCUGCAACAGCAUAAAAUGAAAUCAGAGAAGGAGCGCAAGGCCCGGCGAAGGGGCAGAGCCUCACAGAAUGAAGGGGCCAGUGCCACUCAUGCUGCAGAGGAGGAGGAGAUGGAGGGGUCAGGAGCCAGCUGCAAUGAGGAGGAAGCCCCUGAGGAUGGAGAAGGUGGAACCAACAACAGCUCGGACACGGAGAGCUUACCCUCGCCACACUCAUCUGAGGACAGCAAAGCUAAAGAAGAGGGCUUGAGCAAGUCAAAGGGCGGCUCCAACCCUGGGGAGAAGGAGGAGCCCCGGUCAGAUAUGGGCCAGGCUGGAGAUGAGAAGCCUCCAGUGAAGGAGGAUGCAGACUCUGCCAUCAAGCAGGAGAUUAAGACCGAAGCAGGAGAGCCCAAUAAGGAGCAGCAGCCAGUGCCUCCCAAUGAAACCACAGAUAAAAAGCCUCCCACAGCGGAGGCAGAAGAUGUCAAAAACACAUCCAAGAGCUCCAAGAAGGAGCAUGCCGGCAAAACGGGCUCGCAUGGGGACAGUGACUCUAGUGCCACAUGCAGCGCAGAUGAGGUGGAGGAGACAGACCACACAGAUAAGAACAGAAUUACUUCUCCCCGGCCAAGCCUGCUGAACUACACUCACGAUGGGGUCAUAUCCUCCCCGCUGCAGAAGCCCAUGGACCUGAAGCAGCUCAAACAGAGGGCUGCCGCCAUACCGCCUAUUAUGUCCGAGGCCCCCGUGCCGGGCGGUCAGCGCAGUGGGAGUGGAAAGGCACCUCUGCACCCCCAUGCCCUGGCGCUGUACCAGCAGCAGAUCACCAUGGCCCAUGGGGAGUCCUCUCAGGAGGUCAAACAGCAGCAGCAGCAGCUCUCAGGCCAGCCAGGCAAACAGCAGUCUUACAACCCUCAGCCAGACAGAGACCGGGAGGCUCUUCAAAGCAGCAGUCCUCGCAUUCGGCCCCGCAGCCCGUCCACCAGCGAGAAAGAUGAAAAGUCCAGAGCUUUCUCUCCACACGGCGAAGCCAAGAAGCAGGCACUUGGCCCUGAUGACCUGCGGACAUCCAACUCGGGACGCCCAGUUGUGUCACCGUACCAGAUUUCUCGCGACUUGGCUAAGAUCAACCACGAGCAGCACCUGCUCCACUUCAGCACGUUCCAGCAAGCGGGCCACCCCUCACUGUCUGCCCUGCCACAGGACAGUGUCCGGCUAGCACCAGUACGACCCCUCACCAUGCCAGAACCCCCACCGCUCAUUUCCUCCUCCAAACCAGGGGGCUCUAUAACACAGGGCACCCCCGUGCAGCUGCACAGCCCUGCUCAUGGGCUGGACCACACGAAGAUGGCCCCCGGACCAAUGGGACUGCCUUGGAUAGAGAAGAAAGUUGGUACUUUCCCGGUGGUGAAGCAGGAGCAGUUGUCCCCUCACAGCUCAUCCUCCCAACCUGACAACCUGUCUACCCAGGGGGCAUCUUAUGAUGGCUCCUCUGGCCGUGCUUCUAUUCCAGCUGUCCAGGGAGGUAGUAUUACUAAGGGCAUCCCAGGGACCAGAAUGCAUCCAGAUUCUGCAAUUCCCUACCGGGGAGGCUCCAUUACUCAGGGGACACCUGCUGAUGUGCUGUAUAAGGGAACCAUAACACGUUUGAUCACAGAGGACAGCGCCAGCCGAGCUGAGAGGGAGCGGGAGGAGGCUCUAUCCAAAGGACACGUGGUCUACGAGGGCAUCAGUGGGCACAUCCUCUCAUAUGACCGCCCAGUGUCACAGCCACCCAAAGAUGAUGGCAGAGGCUCGGGCCAGGCAGGGGAAAUUCUUGGCCUAAAGCGCCCUUACGAUGUCAUGGAGGGUGGCAGGGGGCUGCCUCUGAGGGACUCUGUGUCUGCCGCCAACUGUGAAGGUCUGAUCGGCCGAGCUUUGCCUCACGAUAGGGACAGUCCGCACCACACACCUUACAAAGACGCACAUCACAUCCGUGGCUCCAUCUCCCAGGGUAUACCUCGUCAUCUGGAUCCUCAGGAUGGCUACCUGAGAAGGGAGGCUAAGCAGAUGAAAAGAGAGAGCUCCCCACCCCGCUCCGAGCAGAUGAAGAGCAGGGAGGCCAUCGUUCCCACUGUGAAGGAGGCUGGGCGCUCCAUCCACCUCAUUCCAAGGGAGGAGCUCAGACAAAGUGCAAAGGAGGGAAUGCCUGUGAAGCAGGAGGGCGCGGGUUCAGGAAAGCGCCACGAUGUCCGCUCCAUCAUAGCCAGCUCACCACGCUCAUACCACGGUACACCCUCCCACCUGGAGCGCUCUGAGAGAGGUCGAUGUGAGGAGGCCCCUAAGGGCCGGCCGAGCGCUGUGGUCAGUACAGCCAGUCCCAUUGCCCGCUCAUCCCCCCUAACUCUCGGCUCAGAGCAGGGAGGCAAAGCCCAUCAUAGUCCAGUGGGCUAUGAGGAUAAAGGAGCCUUAAGGAACCCUUACCCUGGACCCUCACAUCGUGGCUCUCCGCUGUCCAGGGAUCCCAGCCAGAGGCAGCAUGAGGGCUCCAGUAAGAAUCCCUCUCAGGAGCGCAAAGCCACGCCGACGCCCAGGGAGAUGAGGGCCACCAAAUCUCCGCUGUCCGGCGUUGCGGACCCGCAGGCCUAUGAGCGUCUGUUUCAGAGUCUGGGAGCACCAGACAUGUACCGUCAGACCAUGUUAGCCUUUGAUCCUGCCGGGCUGCCCCGCGGCAUCCCCAUUGACCCAGCAGCCUACUACUUGCCUCGCCACCUUGCUCCCAACCCGGCCUACCCUCAUCCCUACCCCUACCUCAUCCGUGGCUUUCCUGACACCGCCGCCCUUGAGAACAGGCAGACUCUGCUCAAUGACUACAUCACCUCUCAGCAGAUGCACCAGUGGCCUGCAGCAAUGGCUGCCCAGCGCUCAGAACUGCUCAGGGGCCUGACCCCUCGGGACCAGCCCCUGUCUCUGCCCUACCCCGCUGCCCCACGCGGGAUCAUCGAUCUUUCUCAGGUGCCACACUUACCUGUCCUGGUCCCUCCCUCUGCAGGGACAGCCAGCUCCCCAAUGGAUCGCAUCACCUACAUCCCUGGGACGAGCACCACCUUCCCCGGCCGACCUUACACCACCUCCCCCAUCUCGCCUGUUGGCUCCUCGCACAUCAGCAAAAUACAAAGCACGGCGUCGGCUUCAGAGCGCGAGCGUGAGCGGUAUCGCGAGCGCGACCGGGAGCAGGACAGAGAAAGGGAGCUGGAGCGGGACCGGGAGAGACGAGAGAGAGAUCGGGAGAGGGACCGCGACCGGGACAAAGAGAGAGAGCGAGAGCGCGAGCGGGAGAAGGGCGGCUCCUUGGGGAAUGUGGAGCACGCGCCCAUCUGGCGACCAGGUGUGGACAGUGAGCGCGCAGCCCCCGUGCUCGCAGCACACCUGCGACAGGAGACAAACCGUACAGAGCACAGCCUGGCCAGCAGCAGCGGGAGACCCGCAUCCCAACCUUACAGCCACCAGCACUCACCAGUGUCACCUCGAACCCAGGACAACGUGCAGCAGAGGCCAAGCGUGCUGCACAACACUGGGGGCAAAUGUUUUUCUGUCAGCGAUCACUCAUCCGCGUCACGGUCCAUGCCCUCAGGGUCGUCCCGUUACCAGGCUUACUCCGGCCACCUCCAAAGAACAGGGGUGCCCCCCGAUGCCUACCCACCUGCUACGGACUCCAGCAUAGUCAAAGAGCAGGGUCGUGACGGGGGGAAACCCCGGGGAGGCCUGCCCAAACACGUGCAGGACCAGCACGGUACGUCGGGUAAAUCCGACCCCAAGAUGUCCAGCUCCAGCCCAGGAGGCGCGUACCCGGGUGCAUACGCCCCGGGCUCAGGCCGGUCCCAGCACCUGCUGCCCCUCCAGUCCGAUAUCUCUUCUGGUCGCGGAGAAAGCAGUACACCUAGUAGAGAAAAGACUCAAAACAAACCGAUGUCCGUUCAGGAACAAGAGCUCCGAUCACUCGGUAAGACCACCAUGACUGCGGCCAGCUUCGUAAACGCGGUUAUUAUGCGUCAAAUUUCUUGUGAAACGGGGAUGCCAGAGACGGGUUCGCUUGUUCCCAGCAGCACCACUGAUGGUAAGACGCUCUGGAUCCCCGGGAUCCCCUUCACCACCCAGACCCGCCCUCCUGCGCCACAUGGUCUCUACCGUCCCCCCUCGGAGGAGAGACUGUCUCCAGGCCAACAGCCCCCGUCCCCCUGUGUCAAAGGCAGCCAGAGGGUGAUGACCCUGUUACAGCACAUCAGCGAGGUGAUAACUAAAGACUACACCAAGCAGAGUCAGCAGCAGCAGCAGCAGCAGCAGCAGCAGCAGAGCUACCACGGCUCUCCUGUGCUGGACCUGACCCGUCCACCCAGUGCCUCCCAGCCUCCCUCCGCAUCACAGGAGUCUGCCCAAGGGUCCCGCUACACAGAGGCUCUCAGUGGAGAAUGCAGCAGAGAUCGGUCCCCCUCCCAGGCCAAAUCUUCACCCAUCAGUGUUUCAAAUGACUGCAUCGAACCGGUCUCUCCUCCUGGAACCAGCUCUGAACCUGAAGUCCAGGGAGGGGCGUCCUACACCAGCGAGCAGGGAGAGCAGGGGCUGGACUCUCGGUCUCCACCCAACACCUCCCAGCCUCCAGCUUUCUUCAGCAAGCUGACCGAAAGCACCUCAGACAUUGUGAAGUUUAAGAAGCAGGAAAUGAUCAAGAAGAUGACCGUGGUCGGAAAUGAGAAUGAAUUCAAUUCUGGCCAGCCGGGAACAGAAAUUUUCAACAUGCCAGCAUCCACAACUGCAGGACCUGUGAGUGUGCGCAGCCACCCAGCUCCAGAGGCUCCCGGCAACUCCAUUGGCCUGGAGGCCAUCAUCAGAAAGGCCCUGAUGGGCCAAUACGACGACCCGUCUGAGGAGCGCUCUCCGUCCAGCACAGCCAACGCGGCGGGCCCCGGGGCCGCCGCCGACGGGCGGGCCGAGGACGCCUUCCUACAAGGCGGGUCAAAGUCCUCAAAGGGCAACGGGCGCUCGAACGGGCGCAAGGCCAAGUCCCCGGGACCCGGUUUGUCCGGGAGUGAGAGGCCUUCCUCGGUGUCCUCGGUCCACUCCGAAGGGGACUGCAACCGGCGGACCCCCCUGACCAGCCGUGUGUGGGAGGACCGGCCUCUGUCUGCAGGUUCCACGCCAACUCCUUUUCCAUGCAACCCGCUGUUGAUGCGUUUCCCCAGCGGCACAGUUUCAGCUCAUUCCCCCUCCUCCGGCCAGCAGGGGCCGCCGGCCCCCGGGCUGGGACCCGGACAGGGUCGCUCCUGGGAGGAGGAGCCCAAACCUCUGCUCAUGUCCCAGUACGAGACCCUGUCCGACAGCGAGUGACCAGAACUGCCACCGCACAACAGGCCCCGCUAACAACCGGCCCUCCUCUGCUGCUGCAGCUACACACACACACACACACACACACACACACCCACGUACACACACUAGGCGUUUUGCAGACCUUCCCUCGACUUCAGCCCUCCAUCUGCUCCAUCAGUCAUCAGUCUCGAGUCGCAUCCUUUGUUCUCGCACCCCAGAUGAGAAGAAGAAGUGCAGAAGUGGACGCCGCUGCUCCCUGUGUGUGUCUGUGUGUGUGUGUUUGUUUGCACUUACAUGUUAUGCAUUCACUCCAGGACUAUUCGAAAGGACAAAUCACUUUUUCUUUCUUUUUUCCUAAACUUUUACUACUAUUCCUCACUGGCCUUAUAAACACAGACACACUGACCGGUAUCAUUUGGGCAUACUGGUCAAAUCUUGUGUGAUGACGGCUCGACUCCUGACGGACGAUUGGUGGUGAGGACUCGUGUUUCUUCACAGUGAACUCCGGGUGCAGGUGCCUGCUACCACUACAAGGAUACAUGUAAUAAAACGGGGGGGUAGGGGGACUCGGCAUCGACAUCGUUUCGGCUCUUUCUUUUUCCCCUCUGAAUCCUGUCAGUCCAGUCCUGUGUUUUGUGAGCCGAGACCUUUUAGUACAUUUUGAUGGUGAACUUUUGAUGGCGUCAUUUGUUGUCUCUUAUCUGCAAUUAUGUAUCUUUUUUUUUUUCUCUUUUUUUUCCUUCCUUUUUUGUGGGUUGGUAUGGGGAGGGGAGGCAGAUAUUAUAUGGGAGGGGUCAUAUCAUUGGUUUACAGGGUAAACUUGUAGUUCAUUGCUGAUGUCAUGUGUUAUAGGGAGGGCCCCGGAAAAGGCGAAGCCUUGUAGGAAUCUGUGUGGGAAGGAGUCGGAUUGCCAGACGGAUGGCACUGAGACAAGUGACACUUUCUCACUGUUUUUAUAUUAAACAUGUCUGUGUUUGUUUGUUGAAACGGUUUUUUGGAUAUUAAGCACUUAGUUGUCAGUCUGUUCACGAUGGCAUUUUUAAGGAUCUGUUUUUUUUUUGUUUGUUUUUUUUUACACCUGGCGAAAGUGGACAGCUCAGACAUCCAGUUGCGGAGGUGUCUUUUAAUGCCCGCCGUUUGAUUUGUGGUCUCGCUGCCUCUGUCCUUUUGCCGCUCCCGCACUCAGAGGGACAAUCGCAUUAAACCGAUGACUAAGCCGCUACGAGCAGGUUGCAGACCAACCUUUUUAAAGCUGCUCAAAGCAAAUUCCACAGUAUCGCUCUGUUUCGUUGCAUUACAGUGGUGACAAAAAAAAAGCCAUCUUUCUAUGACCCUUGACCCUUUAGCUACGUCAGCUCAAGCUGUUCCGCUAAAACCCUUUCAAGGAGCUGAACUCUGACCUUUUACUGCCCCGCGGAGGCAGAGCGGCGCCUCACACGGGCAGGUUUUGUACAGUUAUGAGAUAUUCUUAGUGUUAAGUGCCAUUUAUUUUACAUAAACUAUACUGAAGUUACCAAGUGACGCACAAGUUUUAUUUUAAGCCCCGCAUGCCUGGGUUCAUCCUUUCCACACCAGGAGAUCGAAAACAAAAAUGAAAUGAAACUUUUCUUCUUCUUUUUUUUUUUUUUUUUCUUUUUGUGUGCGAGUGUGCGUUUUCUUUUUUCCCCAUCCUCUCCCAAGUCAGUCACUGCCUUAGCUCUUAUCUGUUUCACUCACGGUCCCAGCCGUGGUCAGCAUGUGCUGGCCUGUGACGCCCACCACACACCACUUGGGUGUACUCCAUCGCAGCAGUGUGUGUGUGUGUGUGUGUGUGUGCAUGUGCGGGUUAGAGGAAGCUGAGGAUGAGGCCUACGGAGCGGCAUUGUGUAACAUUAGUCGAAACCUUCCCCCUCUGCGGGGCGGCGUUCACAGCCUGUGCAAAUUGAUGUGAGAAGUGUCCGCUUUGUGACUUCAUACAAAACGGAGGUGGUUUCCUUCCCCCUCUGGCGGAACGCUCUGAAGAAAUACAAGUCAUCUUGUGAGGAAACACUCUUCCCCC